AUGUUUGCUACGGGAUGUUUGCCAAGUGAUUCAGAAGCUGCCUCUCGAGUCUUAGCUGUCGAUAACCCUGUCAUUCGCCUUGUGGUCUUGCUCUUGCCCCUGCUGCGUGUGCUUCUUUUUAACGCAGCUCUGCGUGACAAUGGUGUUUAUAAACAGCCUUAUAGGGCACCUCGCGUUUUCGAAAUCUCACUAGCAGACGGUCAAACUGUCUUUGCGUGGUUACGGCCCACUUCUUCUGAUUGCGAUUGGAGUCAACGACUCUUUGAGAGUGAGACUGGUCUCCUCCGCUGGCUUUCCGCACAUUCCGCGGUGCACGCGCCACAUCUUUUACAUGUCCUGUCAAGUGGCGCCGAAAACCCUCGGAAUACCUUCGUCACACAGGGCGUGGCUGGUGAACCCAUCAAAGACCUAUACCCGACGCUGUCUUCAUUGGCGAAGGAGGAGCUGGUGCGGUCAUAUGCGGAAUUCGCACUGAAGUUGUUCGACCUUGACGUCCCACAAAUGAUCGGCUCCAUCUCUGUCAGGAGUUCUCCGGAUGAGCUCGUCGUAAUACCGCGGAUUGGCAAUGUCAGUCAUACCAGUGCCUCUACGGUCUUUCCCACUUUGCAAAAAUACCUCGAAUAUCUUUCCACGUUGAAGAAACGGCGAGCAUUCACUUUAGACACAGAGGAUGAGAGUAGGUUCCGAGCGCAAGUAUCCAUAUCACAGUUAAUUGCGCACGUGCGGAGGCACCUACCUCAAGUCGAUGAACAAUGUGUCCGUCACCUGGUACUGGCACACGACGGGCUGGGAGACAUGAAUUUGAUGGUUGAUUCCACCGGCAAUAUCACUGGUACCUUAGACUGGUGGAUGCAUUCGACAUUACCUGCUAUACUCGCCGCGGAUUAUCCCCCCUGGCUUAGAUACGACGGAAUCAAUGACCCUCGGUUUGCUGCACCGGGGAAAUUAUGGCUCGAAACUCCAGAAGAAAGCACGAGACUGCGAAGAAUAUACCAGGAGGUCGUGAAAGAUAACAGCCUUUACUACACAGCGCUAAUGCAAGGUGCUCAAUUACGAGCGGCAGUAGGUUGGGUAUUUGACAUCGAAGAUGACCCGUGCUGCGCAAGAAUGAGGCAGUGGACGCUGAGUGCUUUUGGUUCCCCAAUUCGCAGCCCAUCAGCACUGGAUGAAAGUCGGUGCAUCAUUACAUAG